AUGGACCUACCAAUCCACACCCUCCCGCUGCAAGACGAACAAUCCGCCGCCUCGCGCGUCUUCAACAUUCCCGAACUCCUCGAAACGAUCCUCCUCAACCUCAGCAUCAAAGACCUCCUCCUCAGCCAGCGCACGAGCCGGAGCUUCCGCUAUACCGUCGCAGGGAGCAUUCGCCUGCGUCGCAAACUGUUCUUCGAGCCGGAUUGGAAUCUCGAAGGGAGAUUGUUCGAUGCGUAUGCGAGUCACAACCGGCCAGGUCGCAAGCCUGAGAAUAAUCGCCUGCUUUUGCGAGCGUUUCCUGGGUGCUAUCCAACCAUUACUCUGGUGAUCGUCAGCGACGGGGCGUCGUCUGAAGGCGGCUUGACGCAGAGUACACUCUCCGGAGGCAUCGCGCGCCACGGUAGCGAACAAUGGAGCUGGGAUGUUUGCAUCUCAUUCCCAGCCGAUAAGAAGCCCAACUGCUCGCCCGCAGUCGACUACCCCGAAGCCAGCUGGCGCAAGAUGUUCCUCUCCCAACCGCCCUGCCAGAGCCUCUACCUCGUCCGCCGAUGGCAGCGGAGUAAGAAGCCUGCGAUGGUAAGAGAGGCCGGCAUCACAAUGGGUGAUUUCUUCACCGAGGCGACGCAAGAGCAGCCGUCGUAUGAUGAUUGGAAAUGGCAUCAGAGCUAUAUCAGCUCGGAUGCGGAUUGGCAUUUCGAGGGCAAUAUCAAGUGCAGCUCCGUGGAAGAAUCGUCUGCUUCGGGGAGCGCUGGCUCUGCGGAUGCGCAGUUGCUGAACGAGUAUUCGUAUUCGAAGACGCUGCUGAAUGGCAGAGUAAGAGCUUUGAGUGAUGAGUGGGAUCCGGGACAUGCGGUAGAGUUUGGAGCGGCGGCUAGAGCCCGGACGUGA